AUGGUAAGCUGUGCUGUAGCAAGUUGCAGGAAUACUUCGGCUAAAAUUUCUAAAAAUAAAGAUGGAAUUACAUUCCACAGGUUUCCUCGGGAUAAAGAACGAAGGAAGCAGUGGGAGUUAGCAGUGAACAGAGAAGAGGAGUGGUCUUCGACUGCCUCCAGUGCCGUUUGCUCUGAACAUUUUGAGACUAAAGACUUUUAUCUGACAGAGAGUGGGCUCAGGCGCUUGUCUGUGGAAGCUGUACCUGCUAUUAAUAUUUCUCCAUGUCAAGAGCCAGAACCAACAAUAUCCCGUGUUCAGCCAGUUGACAUACAACCCACAGAUACAGAAGAAGUAAUUCAACUCAAAUACAAAGUGCACAGAUUAGAAAUAAUAGCAGAAAAUAGAAAAAAAAGACUGAACCUCAUGUGGCAGGGGAAACGAAGACUGCGGAAGAAGUUGGAAAGAAUGAAAUGUUUGGUCAAACAUUUGAUAAAAAAUAAAAAAGAAAAUGGUAGUUUUAGCUGA